UCGGGGCUGUGGAGUAGAAGAACAUCAGCGACCAGCCUGUACUGUCUCCAGACGUUUCCAGCAGUCCUCAGCCACCGUCUUCAGCCUCUAUCUUCAUCAAGGGGUUGCAUGCUGAAAGAUGGGUUGAUAAUCUGAAAGAGGAGAGAUGAGUAGCUGUUCCUUUGACGAGAAACACUUCAGCCUAUGCUGUCAGCACUUCCUGAAACAUUCCAACAGUCUGGGAGAUGGCUGGAGCUGGGAGCAGUGGCAGCACUCUGAGGAAGGCUACCUGAAGAAGACAUCCCUGAGAUCUGUCACAAUUACCAGCAACAAUGCUGCUGAGUCUGGGGUCCCAGAGCAGGCAGACCCACACCCUACUCUGGAAGAAAAGCUAUCUGCCGGAGACGUAUCAAGUGAUGUCCGAAGUGAUCUUGAAGAGGAUGAUGCGUGUGUGCAGGCCGCCGCCAGCGGCGUGGUGCUCCAGCAUGAGUACCACGUCCUGUUCAGCUGCAGCUUCGGGGUGCCGGUGCUCUACUUCAGAGUCUUUGAUUUAGAAGGCAGGAGCCUGUGUUUGGAACAAGUGUGGGACAUAGUCCGUCGAAACUCCAGGAUGAGGCUACAGCAGAGUCCGUGGAACACCAUCACUCAACAGGAGCACCCGAUGCUGGGCCAGCCCUUCUUUGUCCUGCACCCCUGUAAGACAGAAGAGUUCAUGGGGCCUGUGGUCCGAGCAGCCGAGGCGGAAAACAGGAAGGUGAACUAUGUGGUGACGUGGCUGAGUGUGGUAGGCCCACUGGUAGGACUGGAGCUGGCGUUAAGCUACUCCACCCUGCUGCAGCCUGCUCUAUGCCCUCAAUGAAGGAACAGGGCCCCUGGGAGUGACCUGAUGGAUCUAGUUCAUGAGGACUGGAGAGGAAGACACUCGGUCUAAUACCAGGUUCUGACUAUCUGCAGGGAGACGCACCAAGGUGGCUCUGACCGCCACGCCCUGACCUGUGGACGGGCUCUCACUACGGGACACCAGCAAAUGAUGGAGGAAGACCUUCAGCUGACAGAACGGGACAUGGACUGGGCUCCGUGCCCUCCCUCUAAGCCCUCAACGUUCAUUAGGUCGAUGAUUAUGUGUUCAUCAUAUCAUUUAUUGGUUGACUAUUACUGCUUUCACUGCUGGUCAUUUGUUCUUCACCUUUCUCCUGCACGUGGGCCUUAUGUGUGGCUGUUGGCGUGUCUCUCUGACACCUCAUUAGGAUGCGUCGCCCCUAACAACAGGCUGGCCGGCGCCUUGCUUUGUUUAAUGGAGUGAUGAGUGGCUUGGCCUCCAGAGCACACAGCUGGGUCCACAUACAGGUGUGGCCAAUGGGACUGAUUGGGAGAGCCCAUUCAUUUUACUCAGAGGAGAAAUGGAAUGACCAUUAUGUUUAAGGAUGUAUAUUUAAUAUAAUUAAUCGAAUGAUUACAUAUAUUAUUCAUAACAAAGGGAUAAAUAUGGCGGAAAAGGUCACGUUAGAUUUUCAAUUCUUGAUUGACUGCUGGUAUGUUUUAUGUUCAGCCUCAUUCACCUGUCAUUAAAUUAUUUGAGCUUGUUAUUUUUUUUGUUAAUUA